AUUAAUUAUCCAAGGCUACAGAACACCGUUGGAACUAAAAGACUUGUGGCAACUGGAUAAACAACACAGCGCCGAAACCAUUUCUGAGAAGUUUUUCCCUAAUGUCGAUCGUUAUUUGCUUCCUACGAAAACGAUCAACCUUUAUAUGGAGAAGCGACGUGUGUCUUUGUUAAAUACCGCAGUAAAUGGUGCAAAUGAAAAUUUCCAUCAAGCAUCUCUGUCCGACCGUCGUCGUUCCACUCAGAGUGCACUGGGAGUGGGGAAACCAAUCGAUGGUCAUCAAAUGUACAUAUCCGGUCUCACGGCGGAAAAAACGAAUGAUUUUAAUAAAAAACGACGAGCAAGUGAGGGAAACGGUCUGAGAAAUGAUCACAGCGAUUCAGAAAACAUCACCCUCACCGAACAAAUCACUGAAGAUAGCCAAAGCCUGAAGUUAUCCAAGCACCACCAGCCUGAGCCACACAGCACUGACGAGCAGGGCAAAGGUUUGAUUCAUCAGGAAUCGACAUCAGUGCCAGAGAAUGAACUUCCCUUUGUGGAUGAAAACCUGGCACACCAGACGAACGCCACUGAAUCAAGUGCAAAGAAACCCACAGGAAUACUUGUCGCAACAUCAGACUCGGAGCUAAAGUCCUCAAAACAACCUUGUUUAACAUCCGCUACACCCGAGAAGUUGGUUGAAACUGACGUGCUUAAAGACGUAGAGGUUGAGAUACGCGGAGGCCGACAUCGAAGCUUCAAGUCUAAACGGGAUGGCUGUUCGCGAUGUGGACAUUGUGUGCGUUGCUUGUGCUGUGUGAGACGACCUGCGCGAUCCGGUAUCUUGCGUGCCUUACUAGCAACGUUUUGGCGUCCGUUAUUAUGGUCUUCUCUAUUAAAACUGAGUCACGAUAUCCUGGUCUUUGCGAAUCCCAAUUUGCUUAACCGUUGCUCAUCAACGUGGUUUCGUCCACGAAUACCGGCCUCCUCCUCGCUUCACUGCAAACAUUCAGUGGUCAAAGGUUGUUUACCCGAGGGUGUACUCAGUAAAGAUCCGCUUAGUUUAAGGCUGAGCAACUCAGCUCGUCGUGAUUCCACAACCGGGCAGAUUAUGAAUCUAAUAUCUUCAGAUGCGCAGCAUUUUGUCCAGCUUUUACCUUUCCUCAACAUUAUUUGGUCCGGACCGUUUCAAAUAAUUGUCGCAAUCGUGUUUCUUUGGCGCGAACUUGGACCUUCAGUACUGGCUGGAGUUGGUGUCCUAUUGCUUCUUUUACCCCUUAACGCGGUCUCUGCUCGGGUUUCGAAGAAGCUUCAGGUAAGAUGA